GUUGACCUCUCGUCGCCACGCUCUCCCUUCAUUGCAUGGCCCUUGAAGCGCGUCUGCGCAGAAGCAACGUUUGUGCCCGGCUUAGUCUUCAUCUGCGACAACAACAGCGGCGGCCCAGGUAAUAUCCGCAACUUCAUCCUGACCUGUGUCCGCUAUGCCAUCGAGGCGGGCGCCACGGCUCUCAUCUUACCCCGAAUCCGCACUCGCUCAGAAGAUAAUCUCUCGAAUAUCUUCCGCGACUAUGAGCCGUUCGGCUACAUGUUCGACGAGGUCCAUUUCCGAGCCGGUAUGGGCGCCGCUUGUCCGCAAAUCAAGAUAUAUGCAGAGCUGGAGAGUGUACCGGGAGUGAUUGCCAAGAUGGAAAAGGAGAAAUUACUGUUGGAAAAGAUGGUCGAGAUGAUUGCCCCGAAAGACUACGGGAAUCGAGGGGGCUGUGAUCGAAGGGACCCUAAUAGGCACACGGAUCGAUUCGGGCAGUCAUUCAGAAAAUGGAUGAAUGAAUCAGCAAGUGAACGGGGUUUGGACGCGGUUACUCGGGAUAAACCGAGACUUAUUCGGCUUAGAUGGGGAGUAAUCUGGGAUUGGCCAAUUUACCGGGAUGGACAAGACUUUGUGGCGACAUAUGGAGGCCUGCUAAGAAUCAGAGAUGAUAUUCUGGAUCUUGGGGGUAGCAUUAGUGCCGCUAUGCGAAGCUUAGUUGGUUCGAGUAAUGCUAACGAAUUAGGGGCUGGUAGAGGAUUCUUGGGGGUUCAUCUGAGGACAGAAAGAGACGCUUUGGAGCAAUGGCCCUCUUAUGGCAAUCAAAUCGCUGGUUAUAUAAGACAGGCGGAGAAUCAAGGGUUCCGAGGCGGAGUGGCGUAUUUGGCGUCAGGCAACGAGACCGAGGCCCAAAGAUUCGCCAAGGAUGCUUUAAAGGAUGUCGGUUUGCACGUCUAUUCCAAGCAUGACGUCCUGCAAGGUUCUGAUCUGGAGAGGCUGAAGUCUCUAAGCUGGGAUCAACAGGCCUUAGUGGAUUUCGCGGUUUUGCUUGAAUCGGACUAUUUCGUUGGGGUGAGUCCUAGCAGUUUCAGUAUCAACGUAGCAAUGAAGAGACAUCUGAAGGGGGAUGGAGUAUACACAAGGCCGUGGAAAGUCGGUGGUCCCGGAGAUGGACGGAGCUGGUUGGUGGGCAGAUAUGAAAAGUACUGGGAGGACUGGCUGUUCAUGUUUGAUGGAAUGUGGCCUUGA